GGCUUGUUUGACUGUAUUAUCGUUCUCUCUUCGACCUUUUCUUAGUUUCCAUUUUCUUCCUAUCUUUCCUUCUCUGCAAAACGCUUCACAGAUUUACAGAGAUAGACAGAGGAAAAAAAUAAAAUUAAAAAACCGAAAAUUAGAACGAAGCUUCUUUUUGAUUCAAGGGAAGGGGACUGGGAAGACCUUCAAUCUUCGAAACCCUAACCCUAGCUGCCAUAGUUGUUAAGCUUGUUUCUCUGCUCAUGUAGUUUUUUGUUCUGUUAUAAUCGGGAUCUCAUCUCUCAAUCGGUGAGAUUAUUGAUUCUUGUGUUUUAGAUAAUAGCAGAGAAGAAACGGAGAUGACCAGGAGGUGUUCGCAUUGCAGUCACAAUGGGCAUAAUUCAAGAACAUGCCCCAACAGAGGAGUCAAGCUCUUCGGUGUUCGUUUGACUGAUGGAUCGAUCAGGAAGAGUGCUAGUAUGGGAAAUUUAACGCACUAUACGGGAUCCAACGGCAAUAAUCAUCACAACAACGGGAACAAUCCUAGUUCGCCGGGGGAGACUCCGGAGCAUGGUGCCGCCGCUGAUGGUUACGCUUCUGAGGAUUUUGUAGCCGGUUCGUCUUCCUGCCGUGAACGGAAGAAAGGGGUGCCAUGGACCGAAGAGGAACACAGGAUGUUUCUACUUGGUCUUCAGAAGCUUGGUAAAGGGGAUUGGCGUGGAAUAGCACGCAACUAUGUAAUCUCAAGAACGCCCACUCAAGUGGCAAGCCAUGCGCAGAAAUAUUUUAUCCGGCAAUGCAAUAUGUCUAGGAGAAAAAGAAGAUCCAGCUUGUUUGAUAUAAUAGCUGAUGAAUCAGUCGACACUCUUCCAUCUGCAUCACAGGAACUGUUCCCCAUGAGCAAUUCUCAAGCUGAAAAGCAGAGCAACAACCCAUUGCCACCUCCUCCAGCUGUGGAAGAAGAAUGCGAGUCAAUGGACUCCACAAAUUCCAACGAUGGCGAAGCUACUGCCGUUCCGAACCCGGAGAGUUCACAAUGCAGUUACCCAGUAGUAUAUCCUGCAUAUUUCUCGCCGGUCUUCCCAUUUUCUUUCCCAUUUUGGCCGGGUUACAGUGCUGAGGGAACAACAAAAGAGACUCAUGAAGUUGUUAAGCCAACAGCAGUGCAUUCAAAGAAUCCAAUCAAUAUUGAUGAGCUGGUGGGAAUGUCGAAACUGAGUCUAGGAGAGUCCCUAGGCAACUCCGGACCCUCAUCCCUCUCACUAAAAUUGCUUGAUGGGUCUACUAGGCAAUCUGCUUUCCAUCCUAAGCCCACCACAGGUCAGUCCGACAUGGACACAAGCAGCAAUCCGAUUCAUGCAGUCUAAUCCGCAGUGAAUGGCUGGGCCUGUGAAAUGUAGUUAGUUCAGUACUGAAAUAUGCUCUGCAGAUCCUCUGUUUAUACAAAGAACAAUAAUGUGCAGAUCUGGUUUGAAUGCUUCAGUUAACAUUUUUUUUCCUAUGGAGUUCAUUCAAAUAAUACUGAUUCUUAGAAGAUGUUCAUUAA